AGCGCUCUGCUCCACUUCGGCUUCUUCCCGGAUGCUUCCUUGGUGACCGGGUUCUUCGGGCCGAUAACGCGCGCGAGCAUAGAGCAGUUUCAGGAGCAGCACGGGGUGCCUGCGGCAGCGAGGGCUGCAAGGCAUCGGCAGGAAUGGAGAACCGCAGCAGCCGAGGCAUGGUGAUGCUCUCUGCACCCUUCCUGCUCGCCGCUGCUGUCGCUGCUGCUGUCACCGUACGUCGAUUCAUCAUGCCCCUCGCCUCCUCCUCCUCCCCUUCCUCCACACAGCAGCAGCAGCAGCAGCAAGAAUCAGAUCCUGCAGGUGCCAUCUCUGCAAGUCCUCCCCCCCCUGCGCAGUCCCUCUAUCCAGGCGCACCCACGGCCUCACCCUCACCAACGGUCAUUCCUGCUUCGUACACGCCAGCAGCUGCUGCUUCUCAUUCAUCAUCUGACUUUCCUCUCGAUGCAUCCUCACAUCACGCGCCUUCACAUGCGUCCUCACACGAGCAUUUCUCGCUCAACACUCUGUCACCUCAGGCGCAGCAAGCAGAGCUGCUGUCGCUCCAGCUCACCUCCUCGGAUCCACUGCCAGCUUCCCUGCCUGCAUGGCCAUCCACGUCAGCAUCAUCGUCCACGUCAGCGCCAUCCUCCGCUUCCUCCUCCUCCUCCUCAUCAUCGGUAUUAGCAGCAGCCUAUGGUCGGCGCAUAACAGUGAACGAUACAGUGGUGUUGCCAUCAGAAGACGAAGGAGAAGGAGAAGAUGCAGCGGCAGCAGCAGCAGCGGCAGGCGAAGCAGGGUUUCGAGAUGCCUAUUACUAUGACACGCACCAAGCUGCAUGGCAGCGAGAGCAGCAGCAGCAGCAGCAGCAGCAACAGCAAGAGGAACAGGAACCAUGGGUGGAGUAUCCUCGUUAUAGUGAAGCCCCGGAUUAUGCUGCUAGGUCUGGUCCUGUGGGUGUAACGGAUCCUGUGCUGAUUCCCGUGUGGGAUGGUGGUGAGACGGGCCGUAGUGGGGAAAGUCUUGUUGGCACAGCAGGAAUAUCAAGAGGUAGAAAUGGAGGAACAGGAGGAGCAGGAGGAACAGAAGGAAGAGGAGGUAGAGGGGAAGAUGGUAGAAUGGGAGUGGCAGGCGCAACUGCUGCAAAUGGAGGAGCAGGAGAAGUGUGUGGAAGAGAAAGAAGAGGGAAAGCAGCGGGCAUAGAAGGAAAAGAAGGGGUUGCAGCACUGGCAGGGGUGGCAGCGAGUGGUGGUGUUUGGGGCGCGAGUGAGGCAAAGGAGGGAGUGACGGAUGGAGAGGACGUGCGGAGGGGCGGUGAGGAGACAUGGAUAGGUGGGGAGGAGGACGAAAUAGAGGAAGGGAGUACGGAUGAUGCAGUGAACGAUGGAGAGAAAGAGGGAGAGGAAGAAGGAGAGAAAGAGGGAGGGAAAGAGGGAGAGGAAGAGGUAGAGAAAGAGGGAGAGAAAGAGGGAGAGAAAGAGGGAGAGAAAGAGGGAGAGAAUGUGAAAGCGGAAGAGGAGGAGCGCGGGGUAGGGACAUCGGCAGUGGAAGUAAGAGAGGAGGAAGGGGGGGUGAAAGCGGAAGGCAGGGUGGGAGGCGAAGCAGCAAAGGCAAGCGAGAGGGUUUCGGCAUGCACAGAUGAGCAUGGCAUGUUGAAUGAAGUGUGGGCGCAGGGGCAGACUGGAAGAACCGAGGAGGAGAAAGUGGGUUUGGAGCAGGUAGAGAGAGUGGGCGAUGCAAUUGGAGAUGCAGUGGGGAGGAAGGAAGAGGAGGAGGAGGAGGAGGAGGAGGAGAUUGUGCAGAGGGUUGGUGGCGAUGUGAUUAGGUUAAUCAAUGGCAUUGAAGAUGUGGCGACUGUGGCUGUGACCGGAGACACAGAGGGUGGUGAAGGGUUGAUGGCAGGUGGAGAUGAUAUGCUGACAGGAGUGCAGGGAACAUCCGUGGAGGGGAGUGGUGACACGUGUGCGAGUGGGAAUGAGAGUGAGGGCAUGGAGGAGAGUGAGAGUGUGAAAGAGAGUGAGGCAGCAGGUAAGGAGGAAGAGGCUGGUACAGGUUCGGUGCAUGGUAGUGGGAGCGGGGGCGAGGAUUUAUGCCGUGACAGUGAGCUGGGGGAGGGGGAGAGCAGAAAAGGGGGGGGAGAGGGCGAGGGGGAGGGUGGUGAUGAGCUUGUGAGCGGGAAAGGAGUUUUGGAGGCGAGGGGGGAGGUGGAAAAGAGAGAAGGGGAGGUGAAGGGGAGUGGGGAGGUGGAGGAGGGUGCAGGAGUGGUAGUGGAGGCAGGAGAGGUGGAAGAGGGAAAAAACGAGGUAAAAGGAGAAGAGGAGGUGGAGAGAGACGAGGAGAUAAAAGAGAAAGGAGAGGUGCAGCGAGAAGAGGAGGUGGAGAGAGACGAGGAGAUAAAAGAGAAAGGAGAGGUGCAGCGAGAAGAGGAGGUGGAGAGAGACGAGGAGAUAAAAGAGAAAGGAGAGGUGCAGCGAGAAGAGGAGGUGGAGAGAGACGAGGAGAUAAAAGAGAAAGGAGAGGUGCAGCGAGAAGAGGAGGUGGAGAGAGACGAGGAGAUAAAAGAGAAAGGAGAGGUGCAGCGAGAAGAGGAGGUGGAGAGAGACGAGGAGAUAAAAGAGAAAGGAGAGGUGCAGCGAGAAGAGGAGGUGGAGAAAAGUGAAGGAGCGGAGCAGGGGAAGACAGAGGUGGAGGAGGGUGUAGGAGACGUGAUAGGGAAAAUGGAGUUGAAGGAGGGAGAAUGGGAGGUGGGAGAGGAGGGAGAGAGCGACGGAAAGGUGACAGUGGAAGGAGAAAUGAAGGGGAUCGAAGAAGGGAUGGUGGACCGAGAUGAGAUGAUAGGGGAAGCAAAGGAGGAGGCACAAGAGACAAAGGAGGAAGGACAAGAGACAAGGGAGGAGGGACAAGAGACAAAGGAGGAGGGACAAGAGACAAAGGAGGAGCAAAGAGAGGAUGGAAGAAGCAGAGAGGAAGGGAAGCAAGAAGAUGAGGAAGAGAGCAAAGAAGAAAUAGGCACAGACUCAGAAGGAGGGGAAGGGGAGAGUGGAAGCGAGGUCGUGGAGAGAGGAGGAAAGGCGUUAGUCGAGACAGAGGAGAGGAAAGGAGAGGAGGCGGAAGGCAAAGGGGAGGAGGAGAGGCACGGUGGGACGAGUGAAGGCGAAGGGGUAGACAAGAUGGUGGUUGGUGGGGAAGGAGCUGGAGACAUGGGGGUACGAGACGUGGAGGAAGGUGCACGUGAUUACGAGUGUGAAAGCACUGGAGUGAGUGAGAGUGGUGGGGUGUUGGUGGUGACAGAAGGGGGAAGACAGGGAGAGGGAGCCGGAAAGGGAAUAGAAGAGGGAGUGGGGGGAGAGGGAGAGGGAGCGAGAGAGGGAGUAGAAGAGGGAGUGGGGAAAGAGGGAGAGGGAGCGGAAGAGGAAUUUACAGCAGGCACAGGGGAAGAGGAGGUGGGUGUGAGUGCAGGCAGCACAGCCGAGCAGGUCACACAAGGCACAGAAGGCACAGAAGGCACAGAAGGCACAGACAAGGGCACAGACAAGGGCACAGGCAUUACAGGGUUCAUGAGUGUCGAUGACAGUGUUGGCGGCAAUCGUGGUGAUGGUGUGGCAGCGUUGCAGGCAGGAAAGACGUUGGGGGGAGGCCGUGCUGCUAGGGAUGGUGCUGUGGGGAAGGAUGAGGAGGAAGGAGAUGAAUGGGAAGGUGUGUGGGCCGAUGGCGUGUGGUGUGAGUUGGAUGAAUGGGCAGAGGAGGAGGAAGAGGUGCGGCAUUGGGUGAGGGAGGAAAAGGAGGAGGAGGAGGAGGACGGGAAGGAGAGGGAGGAGGGGAAGGAGGAGAGGGGAGGGAAGUGGUGGACGGGCAAGGAGAGGAAGGAGGGGGAUGGGGUGAGAGCGGUAAGCGACGCGGGCACAGGAAUCAGUGGUAAGGUACAGGAGAAGGAGCUUGGUUCUUCUGGGGUCACUGGUGGGGAGAAGGAAGCAGCAGGGAAGAUAGGGGAGCAGCAGGCAGAGGUGGCAGGGACGGUGGGGGAGCAGGCAGUGGUGGCAGCAGCGGGUGAGGAUGGCAUGGGUGUGGCGUUCAAGGAGACGGGUGAUGGUGCUGUGGAGCUGUGGUGGUGGCAGGUGGACGGGUGGGACAUGGGGGAGGAGAGUGAGGGCGGUCGGGGGUAG